AUGCUGAACGACCCAAUUGUCGCCAAGUAUCAGAAGCCAUCUGUUCAGUGCUUCCACGGAGGCCAAUCCUAUAUGGCAUGCAAGAACUUCAAAUGCGAUUUUUCAGUCACAACAAAUCUUUCUGGCCCGCCAAAGUCCGCUGUUCAAGCAGCACUCGAUGCAUUCAACGAAAUCGAGCAUUAUCCAGAUCAGGACUCCUGGGAAUGCAGAUGCCACCUUGCUGAUGCCAUGAAAAUGCCACCAGAACAAAUCCUUCUUGGCAAUGGUGCAUCAGAAUUCAUCGACAUGGUCCCAAGACUCUUCAAGGCAGGUCAGAAGUGGAGACCAGGCCCAUGGCCAGCCCAAUUCAUGGAAUACGAGCGUGCAGCAACAAAUGCUGGACUUGUUAAGGUUCCAAACGCUAACAAUGAUGCUGAAUUGACAAUCAUGAUCAAUCCAAACAGCCCAACAGGUGAUUACAUCCCGUUCGAGGAUCUCCGUGCCAUGAUUGCAAGAGAUUCAAGAUCAACAUUCUUGAUCGAUGAAUCAUUCAUGCCAUGCUUCGGCCCAGACUGGAUGAACCAUUCCGCCAUCCGCCUCAUCGAAGAAUUCGGUGAUAGAGUCAUUGUCUGCAUGUCAUGGACAAAAGUUCUCGCUUGCCCACUUAUCAGACUUGGAACACUCUGCUCAACAAAGAACAUCAUCGAUCAAAUCAACAAACACCAAAUCCCAUGGUCAGUCAAUGGUUUCGCUCAGAAAUUCAUGAUCGCUGCUCUUCACCAAGAAACAUACUUCGAAGAAAUGUGGAGAAUCACUCCAUACUGGAAACGUAUUAUGUUCGAUUUACUCUCAGAGCUUGGCGCAAAGCCAAACUUGAACUCUCCAUUGUGGGUUCCAUAUGUUUACGUCGACUUCUACACAGAAGAACUCGCUGGAUUAGCUGACAAGGUUGCUUUUGAAGCUGGCUAUCCAUUGAGAUGGUGCAAGUCUUUUGGAACUCCAACUUGCUGCAGACUCGGUGUUAGAACACCACAGCACGCUCUUGGUCUUGUCACGGCUUUCAAGAGCUGCAAGGAACUCCAUGAGGGAUUGAAGGCUCAAAUGAAGCUUCACGCAAAGAAAUUAUAG